GCACCCAUUGUACGAGCGCACACGUGCUCAGGUUGAACAUUGUACCCUUUUCAAGUAGACCCGGGAGUAGACCUACUGUUUAUGUUUGUAAAAUACCACUCAAAAAGUGCACAUUUCGCAUUUCUGAUAGUGCAGCAAUAAAAAGAAACUGUAGCUUUUACAAGGGGCAAGAUCUUAUAAGUCCAACACAACAGACAACAGCCAGAAGCAUACAGUAUCGAUGUUUCGUUCUACCGUGCGGGUCUUGUUGGCCAGCAGAAGUACAUGCAGUCCGGUACUUCUUCGAUCAACUAAAGCUGGAAAAUUCCUGCUGUGCAAUACUAAACGAGGCUAUGCGAUGGCAACACAAAGGCAAUCCCAACAACCUCGUGUCGUGGUGAUCACGGGAUGUUCAUCAGGCAUCGGGCUAGCCACGGCCAAUCUCCUCGCCAAGGACCGAGAAAGGAGGUUCAUCGUCUACGGAUCCAUCAUUGGCUCGCUAGACGAAGAGCAGUUGUUCCGUGACACAGCCGGGGGCGCCCUCAACGAUACGCUCUUUCCUUUCAAACUCGACGUCACCAAAGAUGAAGAUGUUGAGGAGGCGGUUGCCAUGGUGAUGGAGCAAAGAGGCCGCAUCGAUAUCCUUGUUAACAAUGCCGGAAUCUGUACGAAGAAAGCUUUGGAGACAAUCAGCAUGAGUGACAUUGUUCGGCUCUAUGACGUCAACCUCCUGGGCUAUGUUCGGAUGAUGAGGGCAGUCUUACCAAUCAUGAAGAAACAAGAAUCGGGAAGGAUCAUCAAUCUAUCGAGUAGGAAUGCAAUUGAAGGUGCUCCAUAUAUGAAUAUAUACACUUCAGCUAAAUUCGGCAUCGAAGGGCUUAGUGAAGAGACAGCGGUGAUUGGACGAUUCUUCAAUAUUUGGGUGAGCCUAAUUCAACCUGGAGGGGUCAUCACACCGAUGGGAGAAACCAUGAUCGCCAAAGACCUUGGUGGCGCGGGGUCAAAGGGCAUCUCCGAUCACCCGGAUGUGCAUGAGAUCGAUCGCAAGUUGAGCAGGUAUCGCGAUCAUGACUUGGAGUGGUCGAAAUGCCCGUCGAUUACGGCUGACGAUGUCGCGAAGGUAGUCCUUCGAGCUGCCACCGACGUCAAGCCCCACUUCCGAUACCAAACACAAGAGGCCGUUGAGGCUUUGGCAGAGCGGAAGUACCGGGAUCCCAGCGGGGACGAGUUCAUCGACUACUUAGCUGAUCGACUAAGACCGUUUUAUGGUAAGGCUGGAGAUGAGAAAUGCUAACCUGGAUAUCAACAACUAACUUUGUCAGUUUAGUGGAACAUUAAUCCUUGAUUCUAUCAUCGUCUCCAGUUUGAUUAAUCUGUCUCUUCCAUGGAUCCU